AUGGUCAGACAUCUCCAACUUCACGCUGAACAGCAGCCAGUACCGCAAACAGCUCCAGUCAAUCCCGUUCCCCACUUGGAAACAAACGAAAAACACUUUGAUAAAAUGGUUAAUCUCGCUUCCAGUUCUAUAGCGUCUAGAGCUCCGGAAAAAUUGAAUAAAACUGAUCGGCAUCCGGUGGUUAAUCUACUCAUACCUCCUGAAGCAGCUUCACGGUAUCCUAAAUACGUACCGGAUCGACAACGGUAUACGUGCGGUGCUAAAGGAUGUUGUUACAUAUCUGUAGAUGAAACGAUGCUAAAAUACCAUUGGGAGACAUUACAUUCAGGCACAAAUGACUUCCACUGCGUACAUUGCCCGCCUUACCAACACUUGGAUACGACCAAGCCAUUAACCGCCUGUCGAAUAAUUGCUCACCUUAAAAUGCACGAUAUUAGAUUAUAUGCGUGUUCAUCCUGUUCCUAUUAUCAUCACAGAAGACAGGUGCUUGAUAAACAUAUUGCUGAGAUCCAUAGUACGGGUCAUGUUAUGGUGGUUAGAGAAGAAAGUGUUUCCCAAACUCUAAAUGUAAGUCAGCCAUCAACAGUAGCACCAACAAUGGAUUUGAAGCCGUGGCAAUGCGGGCUUUGCAAAUUCAAGAGCAUGCUCCGCCCUGAAGUGGUGGAGCACUGUGCCAAAAUUCAUCAGUCUAAGAUGCAAUACAAAUGCACGUACUGUGCUUUUCGAACAUCGACCUUAGAAAAUAUUACGAAACACCAGUCCAAAUCGCACGCUGGCAAAGCCCAGGAGACAUUCUAUUUUUACUAUCGUGAAGGGUCUAUUCCCGAUGAGCCUGAUGGCACUCCGCGGUGGCAGAAGCAACGACAGAAAAGUAGUGCUACUGAAACUGAAGUAAAAACUGAGACGAUAGAACGUACAGAAUUGGAAUCGCAAAGUGAAUUAACGAAAAACGUGCCACAAUCUCCUGCGAGACCUACAGUAGACUUAAAUAUAGUAAAACAAGACCCAGAUGCAGUAACUGUACCUGCACACACUACGCAAGAUCUAUGCAAAACAUUUGGUCAGUUCUGUGAACCCAAUGGCUUGAAGUAUAAAUGUCCAUUAUGUAAAAAUACCGUAGAAGAUAGCAGGGAUGCUAUGCAAUCUCAUUUAUAUGAAGAAUUGCAGUGUAGAAAGUGGGGCUGCGGAUUUUGUUCCUAUAAGGCGUUCCAUAAAAAUGGUCUCAAUGAUCACAUGCUUACAGAACACAGAAAUAAUCGUGAACCUAUUGAACUGCCAGUUGACGUCAGAGUAGAGACAUGGAUCGCGAAACUCUUGGACCAUCAAUUCCUCCUCAUUGAGAAAAAUAAACAAAAUUUGACGAAACAAAUUACUGCUGUAGUACCCGUUAAUUCGGCUCCUACAACAUCCAAGUCACAAGACGCACAUAUGAAUGUUCCCGAAAGUGAUAAUGGGCAUAGUGAGGAAGAACUUGAGAAAAUGUUUGGUACUUUUGGAACACCUGAAAACAAGAGUUUCAAUUGUCCUAAGUGUAGUUUAAAAAUUAGAGAAGAAAGUGCUAUGCGAGAUCAUUUGGAAAUUGAAUUAAACAAAAUUAGGUGGUGUUGCAAUAGCUGUACAGAGAAAUUCCAGAACUAUCACGAGGCGCAAUUCCAUUGUAAAAGUGUUCACCCAGGGAUAACUGCUCGGGCCAUCGAAGCAGUUAGGAACGUGGGGAUGCGUUCUGCUUGGAUUUCUGCAGUUAUACGCGCGCAAAAACUUAGUAUGAACCACCUACCCGUAACAGAAAACACCGACUCGGACGAAACCAUCGCAAAUAGUCUUGCACAAGAUAAUUCUCUAUUAGUAGUUCGAUACGAAGAGAGGGUUCCUACACCAGACAUACAGGUAGUUCGAUCCAGGACUUCAGGCGUUGAGAGUGAUGAAGAUGAAGAAAAAUUAGUUAUUGACGAAGUGUUUAAUCAGGUGGACUGCAAACAGUGCCCAUUCUGUAUUUAUACAUGCCAGGACAUCAGGGAGUUAAAGGAACAUGUGGUGGGUCAGCAUAAUAAUAUUAAGCCUUACUUCUGUUUCUACUGCGAUUUCAACGGUUAUAGAAAGACUGUGGUGAAACAUGUAAGUCAAAAACAUAAAGACAAACCUCUGGUGUUCUUGACCAAGGGUCAGAGGAUUUUGGGUGGCCCUACAAGCGCUAAUGCUGUAUCAGCAUCAGCACCAGUUGCAGUGAAAGAUGAUGCUACAAGACUGAUUUGUUUGCGAUGUGAAAAACCAUUUAACGAAAACGAAGCGAAGACGCACUUUCACGACAAUACAAAGCCUAAAUUUGCAAAAACGGGCCAGACGGUUGUAAAGUGCCGCGUGUGCUUGACUCUUCAUGAAAAUAUAGAUGAGGCAGCUGCUCAUCAUCAUACAAGCCACCCAAAUAAGACUUUUAAGUAUAUAACUUUUAAGUUGCAUUGUAACAAGAGAAGCAUCUUCUCCUGUGCAUACUGCGAUCAGAAUUUCUCAGUUUGGGCAGACCUAAAAGUCCAUUGGAGGCUAGUCCAUAGCUCAUUGCCGUUUAAGUUUAACAAAGGUCAAUGUGCAGGAACUGCUUCUGAUGUAGUUAUAAAUUUGUCUGAUGAUGAGGAGACAGGAGUAAAGAGAAAGAGUGAAUGUAUACUAAUAAACCCAUCUACUUCAAAGAUGUGCGCAAGAAAAUCUACCACGAAAUUACCAAUUCAGGCAGUAGCAAAGAAAUCCACUACGAAACUACCAUUUAACCUUGAAUCUGAUUCGGAUGCUACGGAAUAUUCGUUCUAUGGAUCGAAGCCUCAAGUAGAUGAUUUGGAUAAUGUCACAACAAACAUGUCUUUCUGUAAUACGGUUGUGCCAUUUACAUUUAAGAAACUGAGUGAAGUCAUUCGUAUUAAUCCUACAGUGCUUGUAGAAGAUAUCAAGAAGUGA